AUGGACUUUGGCGUUGUGCUGGAGCACCUUUUUGCAAUGUAUGGCAAUCUUUCGCCAUAUAACAGUACGGGUUAUAUAGCUCGUACGUUCCCACAGUAUAAAAGUCGACAGCGGUUGUAUUCGGCAUCGUCUUCCAACGCCAUGGCACGUCUUCUCAUCUUUCUCGCAGUAUUCGGCCCAGCACAAACUUGGGCUCUAAGUACUCCAACUACUGCUCCCGGCAGCGACAGCAACGAAAUCAUUCCAAGACAGAAUCGGCAGGUAGAGCAAGUUUUGGUAACGGUGGUCACCAAAAUGAAUUAUGAUCCGAAGAUGAACGGCUCACAUCUGAAUGUGCUGAAAACAAUGAUCGAUGACUUUGCUCAAAUGAAUGGAGUGGACUACAAGAAGAGUUUAGUCAAAGAGAGCGUGAAGAACCAAAAUGGAAAGUUCGCCGCCGUUUACACUGUGCAGGGCUCUGGCUGUGAGGAGGUGGAAAACUUUGCACGUGGAGCGAGGGGCAACGUAAACUUCAUCAGGAGAAUGAGAAUCAAAUGCGGAAGAAGGCCUGGAUAUGCGAUCAACUGA